CCAUUUGCAUUUUGUGCGUUCUUUCCUCUGGUCUUGGCUGUAUGCUAGUCACAUGACUAGGCUAGGGCGGCUAACCUUUCAACCGCGAAGAGUGUUGCAGCGAGCUGUCAACAUUUAAUUCAUAAACUGUACCGUUAACAGGUUUACAUUGUGAUAUGCUUUCUCCUGUCAUAAUGGAGCGGAUGAGGGGUGGGCAUCACACCCAGUUGGGCGUGGCAUGAGACCGACACACACCCUGGGUGUCUCUGUUACCAUCCUGCACCCACCCCCACCAAAAUGGCCUCCAGCUACCCACCCCCAUUCGAGGGCACAGGGGAGGUGAAGGAGGGCUUCCUGUGCCCGCUGUGCCUGAAGGACCUGCAGUCGUUCUACCAGCUCCAGGAACACUAUGAGGAGGAGCACUCUGGGGACGAUCGACAUGUCAGGGGACAACUCAAGAGUCUGGUCCAGAAGGCUAAGAAAGCCAAAGACAAGCUGCUGAAGAGGGAUGGUGAAGACAAGCCAGAGACGGGCAGUUAUGAGUCCUUCUACUACGGCGGAGUGGACCCUUACAUGUGGGAGCCUCAGGAGUUGGGAGCCACAAGAAAUCAUAUGGACUUUUUUAAGAAGCACAGAGCUGCCCGGAUUGACCACUAUGUCAUCGAGGUCAACAAGCUCAUUAUCAGGCUGGAGAAACUGACAUCUUUUGACAGGAUGAACAUAGAUGCAGGCAAAAUUAGAGCGAUUGAGAAGUCUGUUGUGGCGUGGGUGAGCGACUCUGAUGUUCCGUUCUGUCCCGACUGCGGGAACAAGUUCAACCUUCGCAACAGGCGACACCACUGCCGCCUCUGUGGUUCCAUCAUGUGUAGGAAGUGCAUGGAGUUUGUGCCCCUGCCUUUGGCUUACAAGCUGACCAGUGGGACUCGGGAGGCCCGUAGUGUUACGAGCAGCCAGUCCCAGUCCCCUCCAACAGGGGGCGGGGGCAAUGUCAGCGGGAUGGGCUCCAGGAGGGGCAGCAUCAGCAGCCUGAGCAGUGUCACCUCAAUGCUGGAAGAGAAGGAUGACGAGAGGAUCCGCUGCUGCCUCCACUGCAUGGACACCCUGAUGAAGAGACAGCAGAAACUGGAGGAGAAAGACCACGUGCCUGACAUCGUCAAGCUCUAUGAGAGGCUGAGACUGUGCAUGGACAAGGUGGAUGAGAGGGCUCCAGAGUAUAUCAGAAUGGCUGAGUCUCUCAAUGCUGGAGAGACCACCUAUAACCUGGACACGGCUGGUGGACUGAGAAUGGAAGUCCAGAAAUACUACGAACUGAUCGAUGCACUGAGUAAGAAGAUCUUAACACUGGGAAUGAAGGAGGAGCCACAACCCCAUCAAAAGACUCUCCAGCUGCAGAGGAUGGUCAGAUACACAGCCACACUGUUUGUCCAGGAGAAGUUGCUGGGUCUGAUGUCUCUACCCACUAAGGACAAGUAUGAGGACCUAAAGGAGAAGAGGAAGCAGGAGCAGGAGAAGAGGCUCACGCAGGAGAGACUGAUUGCCCAGGUGGCCCAGAAAAGGAGGCAGGACUCUGAGAAGAACCGCCCAGCUACAAGCACCAAUGGGGAGUCUCCCCAGGCCCCCAGGGCCCCCCGCAUGACCAAAGCUGGGGGAUGGCUGCCCUCUUCUGAUACCCUCCACACGUGUGGGGAGCUGGAGGACCCCCUGCUGCAGCAGAUAGACAACAUCCAGUCAUUCUUGCGGCAGGCCAAGGCCGCCCAGAGGCAUGACGAAGUGGCCAUGCUGGAGGAGAACCUCAGGCAGCUGCAGGAUGAGUACGACCAGCAACAGACCAGCUUGGCCAUCGCUCUGUCCCAGAGGCUGGCGCAGGAGGAGAGUCUACAGCAGGACGAGCUGCAACGCCUGGAGGACAGAGAGAGGGGGGAGAGGGAGCACAGUGCCCAGAGCCAAGCCCCAGGAUCCCAGGCCACAUACACCUGGCAGGGCUCACUGAACCUAACCGAUAUAGGGAGCCUCCAUGGGGAGGAAGAGGUGACACCUAAAGCAGAGAGCAGCCCCCUGUCCAUGAGGGCCUUCCCUGCCCUGACCAACCAGGAUGAGGAGUCACCCCCCCGGCUGAGGAGGCUGGGGGGAGAUGUGACACCUCCUGGUGGCGAGGGCCAGAACAGCUCCUCCCUCAACCCAUUUGAGGAGGAAGACUCCACCCCUGUGGAGGAUCCUUCCAAUCCGUUCUUCGAGGAGAUCCAGAAGGAGCACAAGGAGGUGGCUAACGGGAAGAAGGAGUACAACCCGUUUGAGCAGGAAGAGGGUGGGGAGGAAGAGCAGGGGCAGGCCGAGGGCGCCACUGGCAACCCUUUCGAAGUGAAGGAGGAAAACAAUGAAGGUAACCCUUUUAAAGAGGCUUCUGGGUGUACCCUGCCGGGAGCCUCGACCAAUCCCUUCGAGGGGGAGGAUGAGGAGGCGAUGCCGGAUGUUGACAUGAUUGAGGAGGAGUUGCUGCUGCAGCAGAUCGAUAAUAUACGGGCGUACAUAUUUGAUGCCAAGCUCAACGGGAGGCUAGACGAGGUAGAGCUGCUGUCGGAGAACCUGAGAGAGCUCCAGCGCACGCUACAGGAACAGAAGAGCAAGACACACUGACAGACACCUCCCUGUCUCUUUCUCUCAUACCCCCAUACCAUUACCUGACGCUUACAACAGGGCUGCCCACCCAGGGCUAGAAGGCUACUCCUGAGAUGACGGUAGUUCCCUUUAAAUGACCAAUGAUCUCGUUGAUACUAGGUUGUGUUAGGUGACGGAAUCACCCAGCGCCACCCUUGUUGAGUAGCCCUUCAGAGCCAGGGUCCAGAGGGUGCAUCGCAGUCUAUACUCCAAUAGCCUAUACUCCUUUCCUUCAUCUGCACUGAUGUGAAUAAACUGCACAUAAUAAUAGCAUUAUUUCUUUGCCGAUCCUGAUUGCCCUACCAAAUGCAGGUCAAGGAGAGGAAGCAUCUACAGACUUGAGGCUUUCUCAGGUUUUGACAGCCAAGCCAUUAGAAGGAUGCCGACCACGAGAUGCAUUUAGGUUGCGUUUUGAUUUUCUCGCUCUCGUACGUACUAAUAACACUCUCACUCUAUAAAGGUGUCUGUUAGGAGCCCAGGUUGGUUUUUAUUAUAUUUGUAUGGUAAGAAGCACAAAGGCAGAGUAUCAUCACUUUACAGACAGAUGUCUGUAUUCGGCCACUGGAGAGAGGAUUCAAGGGGUCAUAAGGGAGGUUAUUUGAGGCCAGACAUCGAUCUGCAGUCCUGCUACACAAUAGAUAUCUUAUGUAGAAUCAGGGUUGCAUUCAAGAUCACAUGGUUUUUGAAAACAUUCACUCAAGGGUUGGGCGAUAUGAGACCUACGAUAUGCUACUCCAAAUACUGCGAUAGCCGAUAUAAUUGAUUUGCACGUUAAUGACCAGAUAAUUCCAGACUAUGCCAUUUUUGUCCUUAUAUUGUAUUUAAUCACAUCGACCCAACCUUUGUUUACUCUGAAUAGUUUAAAAUGGCAGCUAUGAGUGUCAUGAAAACGUGUUGUCUGCACACAAAUGCAGCCCUGAAUACUAAGCAUGUCUAACCUGUAACCGCUACAUUUGUCUGUCAGAUCUUCACAUACAUGUUUGUAGGGGAGUGGAAACUCAUUGCCGUUCGCACAAUCUUUUAUCUCAGUCUUCUGUCAUCCCUGGGGGUCGUGACCACUAGAAAGAAAAUGUUGAACAAAACAUGAGCGAAACCAAAAACUGUUUUUGAAAUCCUACUUUGCCUCCUUCAGUUUCUGUAAGCUGGGUUUGUGUCUGUUGAAGCACAGGAUAGAUGCAUUAGCUUUCAGUGUGUGUACAUCACUAGGAGACACUUCAGCAGUGGUCCAAAGUAGGCUUUCAAAGCUGAUAUUGUCCUAGUCUCUCUCAUGCUGUUUCUCUAACGUGUCCUAGUUCUCCUACUGUUCUCUCUUAGUGCACUGAGGGUCAGAAUCUGUCCUGCUCUGAACAAAUCUAAAGCUCUUUACAGGGUAAAAAAAAACAUCCCAUUUACUUUCUCUUAUGCCAAGCCUGGUUCAGAAUAUUGGCCUUUGUCAUCCUUAUUCAAUAGCUGUCUAGUCUUGUAACUUCAGUCUGUAUUUAGUGUAUUUAUGCAACUGAUUCAGCAAAGUAUUUCUUGGCAUCACUUACCAUUAACUCAGAACACCAACAGUUGAGCUGUUUAGGUCUGAGGCACAGAAUAGGUUAAUUUACCCAGAGUGCUCUGCUUGGCACCUAUAUCUGUCACCGCAUCAGCCUGCUCUGUAUCCAUAAGGUUGUGGCAACUUUAGGAUAAGACUAUCUUGAUUAAUCUCUAAAGAUAAUCUAUUGUCAUAGGUAAAUUAACACUAAACCUAUUCCACGCUACAAAGUAUAAUUUAUACUGUUGGCAAACUCCUGUGUCACCUGUUGAAUAAGCACUUUGAUGUAUCCAAGUACUGGUUCACUUGCCUUGCAAAGUAUACAAUAGCACUUGUCAUUUUGAACUAAAGCAGUAUUGUGUUCGCUGUAAUCGAUCAUGCACCACUAACUCUCAGCUGUGUUGCAUCUAAACCAAACAUUUUCAGACAUGAAUAAUGUAUCUGUGGCAAAUGUGAAUGACUUGUCGAGUAGCUUUUUGAGAUAAUGUUGCCCGUUUGCCUUUUGUUAUCGUAGAAGGUUCCGUCACACAACACUAAUUAAAGACAUGCCCUAUGUAAACAAUAGGAAGUGGCCUUUUCAUUCACCCACUCCAUCGACACAAUGUGAUAGUGUUGCAAAGAUUAUAUACUUUAAACCUCACGAAUCUAAGGAGCAGAAUCUAGUUCACCGAUCUCCAAAUCAUCAGUUUACAACAGCUGACAAUGAAACUAAAUCCUGUCUGGUUUUCUUUAAUGUACAGAAACGUCCACAAUAUUUCCAGUGAAACAUUAUAUACUACUAAAUAACAGUUCAGUCCAUGAUUCCUUCCAGUCUUAGUCCUGUGCAGCUAGCAUCUGAGCGCGGUCUUUCCCUGUCAUCUCCUUGGGUGGUGCUGGAGCAGGGGACCUCCUUUCAGACAGUACUUCAGGCCCAAACUUGGCUGGGUUAGCAGCCUCCAUCCUGGCUAGAGCCUCCGCUUGCAGGGCCUCGCUGUGAAGGGAGGGACAGGAAAGAUAACGACAAGGGGAAGACAAAUGAACCAAAUCAUACAUACUGUACACAGGUUUGCUCCUAGAACUCGGAUAGUCGAACUGAAAGUGUUUGCAUACUCCCUAAAGACCUUCACUUGAGCAACCGUAGCAAAAACAUAGCCGUAACACUUCAAAAUACUCAAAUUUAAAGAAGUUCAAAAUCAAGUCGAUUUUUUUUUGGAGAGGGUCUUAGUCACAAUUAUACAUCUAAGAAGUUUGGUGCAGUAUUUCUCAGGUGAAAGAAAUAGCAUGAAAGCGAAGUCUCUCCUUGAAUGGCAAACAUUUAAUGUUCCCUCCCACUCCUACUGUUGCCCAAUCACAGAUGAAGGGAGUGUUGACUUUGGCUACUGAACUUUGACUUGACUCAAGAAAAAAAAUGUGCGGGCAAACAGCCUAGGAAAAAAAGUCAACAUUCUAUAAUAUGCACAAAUUGUUUCAAAUGGGAAGCAUUAGACAAGAGCGUAGCAUCUAACCCUGUGGUCACCAACCUUUUAGGAGUCAAAAUAUAUGCCGAGAUCUACCGCUCUAAUUUUGUAUUAACAUGACUUAAAAUGUAAGCCUAUGCAACAUUAACCAAUUAAACAGUACUUUAGCAAUGAGGUUUGUGCAGUAAGCUGGCCCAAUACAUUAUCACCAAAUACUGGCUUUGCUUGAAUUUACCUGCCAAUGAAUUGUUGUUUGGGACAUUUAAAAACAAAAUUGUAUUUCAAAAUUUGAGGUAGGCUAUAUGAUCACACCGGUAAUAGAUCCCUUGUUACAAGUCAGAAUGUUGAAUAAACUUUAUUGGAACUUA